UUGGAGUCCACAGCACCACCUGGUGUAUAAUAAUGUAGCACAUGCCGGCGUAUAGUUUCCGGUGUUAUGGCGCCUGGCUGCCCAUACUUCUGUCUAGUUUCUCAGAGGCUCUGGGUGUGUUGUAAACUAGUGCGACCUGCCCAUGUGCUCUCUGACUGACUAUGCUGUUGCUGGUAGCACUGGAAGUCUUUGCUUACACUGUGGUCAGCAGCAAGACGAACGACCGCACUUUCACCGACGACAGAAGCCACAAACCAAGCCUGAACUACAGCAGUUUCUCGUUGCCAGAGGAGCACAUUCCUUACUUUCUCAACAGUAACAAGAAGGUCGCCGAGUUCUGCCGGGAGGACCCCCACUGUCCAUUCAAAGACGCACUGCGGGAAGGCAAGGCUUGCUGGGGUUACGAGAAUAACUGCUCCCCGGAGGACAGGUUCGGCUAUCCCGUCUGCACCCAAGUCGACUCGGGAUGGGCCAGCUCAAUUCAAGCUGCCCAGGAUGUGUUCUGGAAACAGGCGGAUUUUGGUUACGUGAGAGAGCGUCUAGACGAAAUGAAAACACUCUGCAAGCCCUCAAAUCCUGUAGAUUCCUCUCUGACCUGCAGCAGCCACAUGCGCUUCUGCAGAGCCACUAACCUCUACCUGGACCUGAGAAGUCCCCACAGAGCCCAUGAGAGGUAUAAGGAGGACUUCAUUCAGGCGGGGGAGAUUGGAGGUCACUGCAGUCUGAACACUAGGGCUCUGCUUGCAGAAGGACAACACAAGAGCCCACUCCAGUCCUGGUUUGCUGAGCUACAGAUGUACACAGAACUUAACUUCCACCCAGUGGAUGAUGGGCAUUGUGACAUCAUCAUUGAGCGGCCCACAAUCUUCAUGAAACUAGAUGCAGGGGUGAAUAUGUACCAUCACUUCUGUGACUUUGUGAACCUCUACAUCUCGCAGCAUCUUAACAACUCCUUCAGCAAAGAUGUCAACAUCGUCAUGUGGGACACUAGCCUGUAUGGAUAUGGGGAUCUUUUCAGUGAGACAUGGAAAGCAUUCUCUGAUUAUGAGAUUAUUCAUCUUAAAACAUUUGACUCUAAAAGGGUGUGCUUCAAGGACACUGUCUUUUCGUUGCUUCCUCGAAUGAGAUACGGCUUGUUCUACAAUACGCCAUUAAUUUCUGACUGCUAUAGUGAUGGAUUGUUCAGGGCGUUCUCACAGCAUGUCCUGCACAGACUACAGAUCCCCCAAAAUGGCCCGAAGAAUGGGAAAAUACGCGUCACAUUACUUGCAAGGAGCACAGAGUAUCGAAAGAUUUUAAACCAGCAAGAGCUUAUAAAUGCUUUGAAAACCGUUCCAUCAUUUGAGGUUAAACUGGUGGAUUACAAAUUCAAGGAUAUCUCUUUCUUGGAUCAGAUCAGGAUCACCCAUAACUCAGACAUCUUCAUCGGCAUGCAUGGGGCGGGCCUGACACACCUCCUCUUCCUCCCAGACUGGGCCGUCAUCUUCGAACUAUAUAACUGUCAGGAUGAAAGCUGCUAUCGAGAUCUGGCUCGACUGCGGGGAAUACAUUACGUGACUUGGCAGAAAAGGGACAAAGUGGUUCCUCAGGACAAGGGUCACCAUCCCACGCUGGGGGAUCAUCCCAAGUUCACCAAUUACUCCUUCGAUGUGGCGGAGUUCAUGCGCAUUGUCCUGCUGGCCGCCGAGCAUGUGCAGACCCAUCAGAAGUGGCGACGCAUACUCAAACACGAUGAGCUGUAAGGCCCUGGAAAAGAGCACAAACAGGGGAAGCACCCUGUGUUGAGAUGUCACAGAACACGCGCCUUGUGCACUCCUACGUGUGGGUUCAUUUAGGGACUCACAGAAUGACAGAGUAUGUCAUUCACAAAUGUAGGGAGAUAAUGAAUGUCUUGUUUUUGUAGCUGCUUGUUGUUGUACAUGUUGUUGUAUUCCUAAGUUAGGUGAAGUGGAGAAAUAGGCUGGCGUCCAGUAAUCGCUCACUAGAAUAUGAUUCUAUGCCCUCUAGAACCUAGACUUGCUGUGUUCUGCUUGUAAAGCAUUGGCUCCCCCCACUUUCAGUAUACCACUCCAGUUAUUUGCCCAAAUGACUAUAGUUGAAAUUAAAUGGCCCAAUAGAAUAUGUUGGUGCCUGUGUCACAUUUUAUGAAUUGAUGCAAUUAUAUUCAGACAUGACCUGCCAUACGUCAUUCAACUGCCCUCUCUGACACUCCAUUCUUGCCACACUCAUAUUAUGUCUAACAACAGUAUUUUCUGUGGGACACAGCUCUGUUGAUACCACGUGCAUCAUGAAUUCACCUCUGUAUUAAUGUGUGAAUCGACUGUAGCAUUGACUGAACUGUAUUUAGUCUCUGUAGGAUCAUUUGGAGCUCUUGUUAAUUCUUGUCUAACCAAAUGCGUUCUUCUCAUUUAUUUAAUGCUUUGUUAAGUUAAAUUUGACUUUUGGAUAGAUAAUGAAGAAAAUGGCAUCAAGUUAUAUUGAUAAUUUACUAUUUCAGCACAUAUAUGUGUCAUGCCAUACAUGUAUAGCACUCCAUUAUAUGUAUAAUGGAAAAUCAUUAAGAAAAAUGUUGACAUAGCAAGUUUCUUGAAGAAUAUAAAUUAUAUUACUGUAUAUUUGUAUUUGGUUGCCUUUUCUAAAACUACAAGGAAAUUGUCUAUGAAAUUACACCAGUGAGGAAUGUACUUCAUUUUCAGCUUUUUUAAAAACUGUAUUUCACUUAUCUAUGUUCUUUUGUAGUCUGCAUUCUUGUUAUCACAUUAAGAUACAGAAGUAUGUGUUACAAAGGAAUAAGUACAUUACUUGAAUGUGUGUGAUGCCCUUGAUAUUUGGAGGAAACUGAUUUGUUCAGAUGCAUUUUCUGUGUUGCCCCGCUAGUUUUUCUGAAUUGUUAUUUUAUUGAAGUGAAAUUUUAAAUCAGACUUUCUGGUUUUUUUUUUUUUUUUUUUUUGAAAAACAAAAAAAGCCAUCAUAUUCAGAUGCUUGUAGCCGAUCUGAAAGAGAAGUACUUAUACAAUCUGCGUUUACCCAUUCUCAGCUUCCCAGUCUGUUUAAUAAUAUUCACAGUGGAGUGAAUAAAUAAAUUAAGCUAUAUUCUGACAUAUAGUGCAAUGACACGUUUCCAUCAUCCUGCUCAGUUUAUAUAUACUGAUUCACCUUUUAAUAGACAGUGGCUUAUGCUGAGUUUUGCUGAUUUUGGGGAAAAUAUUACAGUUUUGUUUUCCCCACUAUAUUUUCGGGGCACCUCACCUGCAAGCUAUUGCUCUUGACGAAAGGGCAGUAAGUUUGAGCUUUUCAUUGUCACCAUCAUAAAUCUCUGUGACCUCAAAACUCAGCAGUGCAUCUGUGGUGGAUGCUGAUGCUGUCAUCCCACUAGAUGGCAGUCUAACACUGUACUAAUUUCAUUUGCGGGUACCUUUGAAAGUACUAAAGGGAUGGUGUAGGACAAUAUAGAGAUUAGAUUAUACCAUCUGCUGCAUUGAGAAGUGAAUCCUAUUAAAUGUCAGGAUGCCACCUGUAUUUAUAUAAAUUAAAACUGUAGGUGAGGCAAAUUAUUUCAUAUUACCCUUAAAUUAUGCCCAAGUGUCCACAAUAAUUUAUUGUAAGCUGGAUAUGCCUGUCUGUCUAAAGAUCCAUCCUUAGUAAACUUAAUGAAUUGGACAGGUGGAAGUGAAUGUGAAAUGUCACUUGAAAGAUGCUACUGUGGAGAGGAACUCCUGAAAGGGUCUCCUGACUGUGACCACAGAUUACAAAUGCUGACCUCCGAAAGAAAGGAAUGAUCUGUACUUCUGAAAUAAACUGAUAAUUACCAUCAUGA